AUGUUCGUCACACAACGGACGAAAUCUCAGCACAGAGUCAUCGGGGUCUUGGGACAGUGCGGCGAACUACCAGCAUAUCUCCACCAUAACCGAAUUGAGAGUGUUUCUGCAACUGAGACAGCUCGAGUGUUCCAAUCAAGUCAAGCGGCAGCAACAACGACAGCAGCACCGCCACAAACAAACCAUACCAUUUGGAGUCCAGCCUCGUCAGUUGGCCUGGCCGACCUACGCGCAACUCUGCGCCAGACAGGCUUUCACACGACACCAAAUUCAGAUCAACUAGAGGCCGAAGAGAAUAGAAAAAAUAGUCUAAAAUUCAACCAAAUCUCGCCUCAUCUGUGA